AUGACAUUCGAUUCUUCCUUGGUGUUUCAUAAAAAUUCUUUAAACUCGAUGCCUCACAUAUAUAUUGCUAAUGAUGAUCAAAACACAACUUCAGGAACAACGUCUAGAGGUGCUAGAGGGCAGAAUGUCAAUAAGGUGGAGAUUGCUGCUGAUCUUAUUCAUAAACCAACUGGGAUACGAAUCUUUUGCACGGAAGAAAGGACUCAACUUCAAAACAAGAAUUGCGCUAUUCAAUUAUUGCGUGCAAAAUUGUAUCAGAUCAAACUGAGGGAACAACAAGUGUUGAUCAGGAAUCAGAGAAAAUUGCAGGUUGGUACAGGAGCUCGUGCAAAAAAGAUCCGGACCUACAAUUACAAGGACAAUAGGGUUUCUGACCACAGGCUGAAAAUGAACUUUGAGCUAACAUCAUUUCUUGAUGGUGAUAUUGAGACAGUUGUUUAG